AUGUCAUCUAUAGUUAAAGUAAAGAAUUGUUCUGGUGAACAAACUAAAUCACCUGAAAAUGCACUUAAUCAAUCAUUAAAACCAUCAUCAAAUACUACAGCAUCUAUAAAUUCAGCCAUACCACUUGAUCACAGAUAUUAUUCAAAGAUUGAUGAGAUUGAUUGGCCACCAGAAGUUCGAUAUUAUAAUGAAAAAUUUACAAAGUUAAUUGAAGGAAUUAAAAGACGACAUGAUCCUGUUGUGACUACUGUGGUAUGGUCUCAAGGAAUACUUGAGUACAAAGCAAAAAGAAAUAAAAAUAUUAUAGAUGUGGAUAUUCAAUCAUUUUUGGAUCGUUUCUAUAUGUCACGUAUUGGAAUCCGAGUAUUAAUUGGUCAACAUGUAACAUUGAAUAGACUACCAUCAAGAUCAGAUUAUGUAGGAAUAAUUUGCACCAAAACAAAUAUAGGACAAGCUGUUCAGGAAGCAGCUGAUAAUGCAAAAUUUAUUUGUGAAGAAUAUUAUGGAUUGUUUCGUGCACCUGAAAUUCAAUUAUACUGUCCUGAUGAUUUGAACUUCACAUAUAUACCGACUCAUCUGAGUCAUAUGCUUUUUGAAUUAUUGAAAAACAGUUUACGUGCUGUGGUUGAGUUGUCAGGUGGUGAUGAUGUUGAUGAAUAUCCACCAAUCAAAAUUAUUGUUUCUAAAGGACAAGAGAUAUCAGAUGAAGGAGGUGGUAUCCCAAGAAGUAGCAUUCCUUUAAUUUGGACAUAUAUGUAUACAACAGCAGAACCAAAAAAAUUAGAUCCAGACUUUGAUCAAAAAGAAUUUAGGGCACCAAUGGCUGGUUAUGGUUAUGGAUUGCCAAUUAAUGUUUAUCUUCAUUUGAAUCGUCUUUCAAAUAGUGAUGAGCCACUUUAUUAA